UAGUGAGGUCCAGGAACUUGCAUUUUAGCUAACUCUUUGGGUGAUAUCUAUGCAGCUGAAGUUUCAGAAGCAUUAGCCUAGAACACCCUUGUAGAGGCUGGAAAUCUGGGUGGGCAGACUUUGGGAGACUGUUGCAGUUAUCCAGUAGGAGGCUGAUGAGCAGGGUUCAUGGUGCCAGGCAGAGGAGGAGAACCUAGGAAGAGGAGCAGUUUUGGGCAAAAAGGGUGUUAACAGUUUGGGAAUGUUGCACUUGAGAUAUCUGUGAAGAGAUCCUGGAGGCUGUUUGAUGCCAGGGUCUUGAGCUCAGGAGAGAAGCCAGGCUGGAGAUAGAUUCAAGGUCUUGAGUACAACCUAUGCUCAUUGAAUCAUCUGGCACAGGUGAGAUUACUCAGAGAAGAAAAAGAGGAGAGGAGAGGGCUCCGGAUCCAGCUUGAGGACCUCCAACACUUCAGGUGGAUGCCUCUGAAAGGAGUGCUUUUCGGACUGGGCUUUGCAACCCACCUAGUGAAAAACAAUGCAAUCAGUUGUGAAAUAGAACGAGGAGAAAAUAAGGCACACAUCGCACGCAAUGAGGCUGGUCCAGAACCGUGUCCACCUCUACAACUUCCUGCUCCUCAAGACCACCCUCUUCAACCGCUGGCUGUCGGGGCUGAGCCAGGAGGCCCAGGGCUCCCACCCGCCCGCCAACAUCACAGCCUGCCCUGUGGGCCGGGCUCUGCGGGCUGGGCUGGCCCUGAUAGAGGUUCCCGGGGGGCUGGUGCUUCGGGCACCCAAGCUGGCGUGGGCGGGCAUGCUGGGCUGGGCCCGGGCCUUGGGCAUGGCCCCGAAGCGGCUGGGUGCCUGGGAGCAGCUGGGUCUGUCCGCAGCCACCUGGACGGAUGUACUCCUGUCAUGUGUGCACAGCCUGAUGCUGGCUGCCUUGCUGCUGCUGCUGUUGAUCUGGAGGUUGUGCCACAAAGCCCAGUGCUGCGGCCUGGGCCGGCUGCUCAGGAAGGCUCUGCUGGAGAACCGCGUGGUGCUGGGGUUACUGGCACCGCUGAAGCGUCUGUACUGGUGGGUGGAGAGCCUGACAGCGCUCACCUCCUGGCACCUGGCUUACCUCGUUACCUGGACCACUUGCCUCGCCUCCCACCUGCUGCAGGCUGCCUUUGAGCACACGGUGCAGCUGGCGCAGGCCCAGGAGGCUGAGCCCCAGAAGGCCUCCUCAGGGCUCUUGCUUGAGUCCCCGCUGCCUGAGCCCCUGGCCCCUGAGGCUGGGCCGGUCCUGCCAGAGCCUGGAACUCCUGGAGAGUAAAUGCGUCCCAUGGGCCUCUCCUGUCUGGUCUGGCCUCCGGUCUACCUCUCCGUCCCUCCUCUGGACUGGGCGGGAGGGUGUGCUGGGUGCCUGCGUGCCCGCGUGCGCUAGGGCUGCCUCUGGGAAGGAAAUUCCGUUCUGUGAGCACCUGACUUAUGCCUGAUAAGCAUCUCAGACACUUUACACAUACAGUUGUGUUUCAGUCUCAGCAACACAGGUGUCCAGAUGAGAAAACCGAGCCUCAGAAUGUUGGACGUUCCCAGGGUCCCAGAGUGAGUCCGGGGAAGAGCCUGCACUGGACCCUCGGCUUUUUGUUUCCUAGAAGCCCUAACUUUAUCUGGGUCCACACCCCUGCUGCUCAAGACUGUUGGUGCCCAAGGCUUUAGGGGCAAUGCGUAGUUAGAGGCUCUGGCCUCUGGGAGGUGCCAGGGUCUCACAUUUCAGAGAUUUAGAACAUUCCUUUCAAAAAGUAGCUACUCCUGAGCCAGCACAGAACUAGCCCAUACAACCACUUACACACUUGGCUACUCAUUUUCCCACUCAUUCAUCCAUCCACCCACCCACCCAUCCAUCCCUCCAUCCAUCCCUCAGUCUGUCUACCCACCUACCUAGCCCUCCAUCCACCCACUCACCCACAUGUUCCUCUCCUCCAGGGAGAGGGAAACACCCAGUGUCUCAGCACUCACCGCAGCUGCCCAGGUCCUGCUCGGGGGGUGCUGAUGUAGCCGUGUGUGUUCAGCCCCCAGUGGGUCAGAUCCCCAGACGUCACCCUCCGGUGAGUGAUUCCAUGUGAGGAGGGCAAGGAUUUCUUAGGAAUUCAUGGUCACCCCUUCCUCCUUCCCAAGCCUGCGGGUGGCAGGAGCGUGAGAGGACAUUGCAGAGAGCUCAGCCCUGCUUUCUCCUCCAUUCUGCUUCCCAGGCAAGUGAGGCCCGGAUCCCUGCCCUGCCUCUCAUGUAAACCUGCAGAUGGUCCAGGGCGGGUGUGGGGCGAACGUCCAGGCCCUUCUGCCCCUUUGGGCAGAUGUCUGGAGGGCUCCUGCCUGGCUGGCCAGGCAGAACACCUGCUGGGGGAGGCCCUACAAGGUCCUGGUGAUGGGGUAGUCAUAACUGGGAUUCUGGAACCCACGCCACUCUGCAUGUAGGGAUGCUGAGGGCACAAGUGCAUGAAGUUGGCCCACUGCUGAAGAUGGGGCCUGGGGUGCGUGGGAGGGAGGCCCCAGAGCAAGCCUGUGGAGCUGGAUGGCUCUUGAGCUGCCGGGGACCCAGGUAGUUCUUGACAGGGCUGGCCUAUGGGGUCUGGGGUGCUGGGAGGGAGCCAAGCAGGGAGGGGAGGUGGCAGGUGCCUGUGCAUGAGGAGAGAGGAGGACAGAAGCCAGGAUGGAGCUGAGGGAUGGGCUGGAGGCUGGGACCAGCCAU